UUCUUUACAUGUAUAAAAGGACAUCUUUCCCUAUUAUCCAUCUUUGGCUCAGUUUAGUAGCAAAAGUUCUAUUUCAUAUUCAGUUUUACCCCCAUUACUUUCCAACAUAACAUUACAAUAUGGCUUCUUCUCCUUUGCCUGAAAAUGUGCUCUCCGGUCGGCAAAAGCUGAUCGAUGAGCUUGUUCAAGGUCGCGAAAUCGCCAAUCGACUCCAAACUUUGCUUUCCCAGCCGGUUGGCGAUGAUGGGUCGUUGGUAAAUUCUGCGGAAGAUCUGGUUUCGAGGAUAAUGGAGUCGUUUACGAAUACCCUUUUCAUGUUGAACAAAAACGGCACUGUUGAGGCCGUCCUUUCUCAGAUUCAGGCGGCCGCGGCCACUAGUUCUCGCGUCGAUUCGCCGUGUUUGGAUGGUCGGAAAUCUGAGGAUUCCGGGGAAAGUUGCAGGAGUGUUUCCACUACUUUGAAAGAUCGGAGAGGUUGCUACAAGAGAAGGAAGGCUGCCCAUACCUGGCAAAGAGAAACUUCAACUUCGAUUGAUGAUGGGCAUGCAUGGAGAAAGUACGGACAAAAAAUGAUUCUCAAAGCCAAACAUCCCAGACACUACUAUAGGUGCACUAACAAGUAUGAUCAAGGAUGCCAAGCAACCAAACAAUUCCAGAAAAUUCAAGACAAUCCUCCAAUCUUCAGGACAACAUAUUGUGGGCACCACACAUGCAGAAACCUCCUUAGAGCUCCUGAACUCGUCUUUGAUUCUACUAGUCCUAACCAAGACUCUUCUCUUCUUCUUAGCUUCAAAGACUCCAAUAAUCUCAAUAACCUCACACCCCAACAAGCACAUCAUUUUUUCUCAUCACUCACUUCUGUAAAACACGAGGAAUUCAAGGAUAUUGAGCCUGCAUGUAAUAGCAGCGUAACUGUAGCCGGUCAGAAGAACCAAUCAUCCUCCUCUGAUUAUAUUGUCUCCUCUGAUCAAUAUCAUGAUGAUGAUCUGACGGCAUUUGAUCAAUCUCCGGGGCACAUGACGGUGAUGUCAUCAAAUUUGGACUCUGAUAUCCAUGGGGAUGUAAUUUCUGGGGUGAUUUCCUUUGAUGAUGAUGUCUUGCAACACUUGAAUUUUUGAUAGUUUUUCUUUUUUCUGGACUUGUUAUUAGAUUUUUAUAAUAUAUACUAGCUUUGUAAUUUGGUACUAUUGCAGAAGAAUUAUGUAGUUUUCUCUCUUUAUCUCCUCCAAGGAUCUUGUGUGAUAUUGUGUAGAAACAUUAGUGCAUUAAUCAAAUUAGAAUAAUAUGUAAUCUUUUUUUUGUUUUCCA